AUGCAAGGCGGCGAAUCGGGCAUCUCUGCUUCAGGGGCUCAGGCUCGGCAAGAGGCCAAACAUGCAGGUAUGGCCACCACAACGGAGCCAGCGAACUUUCAGGGGACGUCGACACGCAACGAACAAUCUCAAGCUGGCUCAGGUGGGCAAGGAGCGGGUGAUGAGGCUGUGUCGACCGAUGUGAGGAGCAUCCAUUCGGUAAGUCGUUACAUGCGGUGCAUCCUCCUUGACCCGCGAUCCCUACUGCCCGCAGCCCAGACGAGUCGCUACAUCAGCGCAGCUUCGCUCACCAACCUCCAUUUUACUCCUACUUUCGCAGGAAAUCGACCGCAAACGGCUGGAGUUCGAACAGCAACGUGCUGCUCAGCGUCUUGCCUUUGAGCAGCAAAUGCAGCUCCUGGAACGAAAGCAACGCGAGGAAGAAGCGAGCUUGAUGAGCGGUAGCAAGGGUCCGCUGGACUCGGUCGCAGGCAACCAAGCAGUGCCUCAUGCUUCAGCACCCAGCACUCCACCUGGCAAUGCUUCGAGACAGACGAGCGCUUCUUCAACGCUGAGAUCAAAAACGACCAAUUCUUCGCCUCGGCCCACGUCCAUGUUGGGUGCUGCUAGCUCUGCGGACGACCCACUCUCCUUUCGCGCUCAACUCGGCGACAUGAGCGAUACUCAGCCAGAGGAAGGCUUGAACGGUAGCAACGUUCCUGGCUUGCCGCCCCCUUCGACAGCUCGAUCCGUUCCAUCUUCUCGACGCAUCAGCGCUGGGCCAGAAGCCGUCUCGUCGACCGAUCGACGCGCCUUGGGCUCUGCAUCUGGCGAUCUGGCUCAUGCCUUUGAACGCCUAUCUGUCGGGAGCCACCGCAAUGUCAGUCAAGUGCGCGCUCAGCUUGCUCAAGAAGCCGGCACAUUGAACAGUGCGCCCAACGCUCCUGCCAACCACCAGCACGCGCCUGGCAGCAACCGACCCGUCGCACCUCAUGUCCUUCAACGAGCCUUGACGCGCAGCGGGAGUGGCAGUGGAGCCGAAAAUGGAGAGUCUGGCUUUACGCCAGUGUUCAAUGAGCGCUUCUUGUUCGACGACGAAGCGUUGGAGGCGGACGACUCGGCCUUUGUGCGCAAGUACAACCUCAAGGAGGAAGACGAUGACUUUCCGGUGCUGAUCAGGCGUGAUAGCUAUCCAGGCAUGGUGCGUAAUCUUCCUUUUGUCCAUUUGUACAUUCGUUGCGGAGGGUUGGUCUGACCUGAGCGCUCCUCGUUUCGCUCGCCAUCGUAGCUUUCGGCUUCUUCUGCCGCGCUUGAUCUUGCACCUCUCGCUCAAGCUCCAAGAUCGCAUCGCGGUGCUGGAGGCGCGAUCGGCGAAGCCCAGCUGUCAGAGUGGCCUCAGUACGCCGGUCAUAGCGAGGCCGUUCACCAACAUCAUGCGCCUCCCCAUAGUGCCGGCUUGGUCAACGAUCGCAGGGGACGCUCGGAGCGCAACUCGCCGCAAUUCGGACCCAUUGCUGGUCCCAGACUGCCCUCUGGUGCCGCGAGCUUGGGUACGACAGGCCAACGCGCAGCCAGCGUCAGCCAGGUCGCUGGGAAUGCUCAGCCUCACCACUUGUCCCAGCAGCUGGGCGCAGCGGCUGUUCGAGGAGACGAUGAGCGCUCACAGGGCAGCCACUCUACCAAUUCGCCAAGCCGCAACGGCUCUUCGCAGCUCAGCGUCAGACCGCCGACGCAAGCGCCAAGCGACGUUACAGAGCAAUCCUCCAACAUGUCCAACUCUUUCCGCUCUGGUGACGUGGCCCUCAAGCCGACGAACGAUCUCGCAGCUGGUCCUCAAUCGCGCUCUCGCCUCUCAGCUGGUCCCGAUGCUGAUUCCAUCAGCUCGUUCCCUAGCUUUGCCCUGGCCGAGAGCAUGAAGCCGCAAGCGAAUCCCAAUCCCCUCAUCGGAGGCGCUCGUGCCACCACGCCCAACCGCUUUGGUCCGUAUGGUAGUGGCGGGCCGUCCGCGACUGGGUUCGAAACGAGACCACGCCCCUCUUCGGGCUUCUUUGAGGCAUUCAGUCCUCCCAGCGCUCUUGGAUCAACCCAGUCUGACAUUUUCAACCGACCUCCUGUCACCAAUCAACAGCAGCACGGCGGCCACUUUGGCAUUGGCCUCGAUGGUGAUCCACUGCUUGGUCUGGCAGGUGCGCAAUCGGCUCAACAGCGCAAGAACGAGCUGGACGUCAAUACUCCGCUGGAACAGCUUCACGGUGAGAUCUUUGCGCUAUGCAAAGAUCAGCACGGCUGCCGAUAUCUGCAAAAGAAGCUCGAAGAAGGCCUGCCCACGUAUCGCGAUAUGAUCUUUGCCGAGACGUUCAAGCACUUUACCGAACUCAUGACGGAUCCGUUUGGAAAUUACCUGUGUCAAAAGAUGCUGGAAUACUGCACGGACGAUCAGCGCAACUUGAUCGUCGAGAGCGUCUCCUCCGAGCUGGUCACCAUCUCGUUGAAUAUGCACGGCACGCGAGCUGUGCAAAAGAUGAUCGACUUUUUGUCCACGCCUCGCCAGAUCAGAUCCAUCAUCGGAGCGCUGACGAUGAAUGUCGUCACCCUCAUCAAGGACUUGAACGGCAAUCACGUCAUUCAAAAGUGUCUCAACCGACUUGGAGCGGAGGAUGAUCAGUUCAUCUACAAUGCUGUGGCCGCGCAUUGCGUCGAGGUGGCUACCCAUCGCCAUGGCUGCUGCGUUCUGCAGCGCUGCAUUGACCACGCUUCGGAAACGCAGAGGAUGCAGCUGGUCACCGAGAUCACCUUUAACGCCCUGACGUUGGUGCAGGAUCCCUUUGGCAAUUACGUCGUCCAGUACAUUCUAGACCUCAACGACCCGCGCUACAGCGAUGCGGUGGUUCAACAAUUCAUCGGCAACGUCUGCUUGCUCUCGGUGCAAAAGUUCAGCAGCAACGUGAUGGAAAAGUGCAUUCGCGUAUCCAAUGCCAGCCUUCGCAAGCAACUGAUCGACGAGCUGCUCAAUCGUGCUCGACUGGAAAAGCUUUUGCGCGACUCGUUUGGCAAUUACGUCGUGCAGACCAGCUUGGACUAUGCGGAGCCGCUGCAGAGGGUCGCGCUCGUGGAUUGCAUCAGACCCAUCUUGCCCGUCAUUCGCAACACGCCUUACGGCAAGCGCAUUCAGAGCAAGCUGCAGCGCGACAAUCUCGAUUUCGGCCCGCCGAUGGGCGGAAUGGCGCAUCCUCACAUGGGCCCUGGAAUGGGAGGAGGCAUGAAUGGUCGUGGCGGCAUGCCUGGCAUGCCGUACGCCUUGCUUCAGGCCGCUCAGCAACAGCAGCACCUUCACGCCAUUGCUGCCAUGGGGAAUCAGCGUCAGGGACAAGCGAACGGGUACGGCAUGGAUGGUAUGAGCCCCAUGAUGGGCUACGCGAAUGGAGGCCAGAGCCAUGGUAUGAAUUACCAGCAGAACGGCAUGGGCAUGGGCGCCGGCGUUUCACCUGGUCAGAUGAGCGGCGGAGAGAUGUCUCUUCAACAGGGCGUUUCGUAUGGCGCUUCGCAGCACAUGUACAGAGGGAACAACAAUGUGCCCCAGUACCCUGGCGCGCCCCAAGGGCUUGGACGGCAGAUGCCACCGCCUUCCCACGUGGCACAGAACAACGUCGCUAGUGGUGGUGGUCCACCGCCGCGUCAAGGACCGUUUGCUGGCGCGCAGACCCAGGCCUAUCGAGGCGGUUAUGGCGGGCGGCAACAGGCGCCUCCUCCACCUCAAGUCCAUGGAGCUCACACUCACCCUUUUGCCCCUAACAAUUUCGCCUCGGGCAACAAGACCGGCUAUGGUGGUGCUAGUCCAGCAAUGGGCAUGCCUAGCGGAACGGUUGCUUAUCUCGGCAAUGGCUAUCCUUACUGA